UUGCCACGUCGGUCUCUGUGCAGCGCAUUGACACUGUUGCUCCUCCAGCCUGGGGGGUAACUUUUAAACCCGUUUUAUGAUAUCAGCUGGGGACCACGCCACCCUCCAGCAUCGCCGGUGCCGUCGUAGCUCGUCCCCGAACCAGUGCAGCCCGGUAUACUGAACCUGUGAGGCGGAGAAAUGCUCGGCGCUGUGCGGACUCGUCUCAACUGACUGAUGCAUCCACGUCCAGCUCACUCCUCCGUGUCUUAUCGAUGUUGUUGGCCUGUUUGUACAUGGUGGCUCACUGAGGAGAAGGGGAGGAGUCCCAGCGGCUGUUGGUUGGUGGGCAGCGUCCGUGGUUGCCACGGUAACUGGCGACCAUGCCAGGAGGUCGCAGGGGCCCCAGCAGACAGCAGCUAAGUCGCUCUGCUCUGCCGUCCCUGCAGACUCUGGUUGGAGGCAACCUCGGCAAUGGUACAGGCCUCAGGAACAGGAGCAGUAACUCAGUGGGUCUGUCUGCCCCACCUCUCUCAGCCCUCAUUACUCCGGAACCGGUCCGCCACUCGAGGAUCCCCGAGCUGCCGUUGGACAGCAGCCUCCUGUUUGAGUUCCUGCUCUUUCUGUAUUUGCUGGUGGCCUUGUUUGUCCAGUACAUCAACAUCUACAGGACGGUCUGGUGGUACCCAUACAGCCACCCUGCUGCGUCUACCUCGCUUAACUUUCAUCUAAUGGACUAUCACUUGGCUAUCUUCAUCACCGUCAUGUUGGCCAGGAGGCUUGUUUGGACGAUAGUUUCAGAGGUGUCUCAGAGCAGCGGCGGAUCACUGCUCCGCUACGUUGUUCUUAUCGCAGCUCGGCUCUGCCUGCUGACCAUGUGUGGCUGGGUGCUCUGCUGGACGCUGGUCAACCUCUGCAAGAACCACUCUGUGCUCAACCUCCUCUUCCUGGGAUACCCAUUUGGUGUGUACGUCCCGCUCUGCUGUUUCCAUCAGGAGGGAGGGAAAAGCCAAACGGCACCGGCUGACUGCGAUUACCCAGCCGACCACCAGCAGACCGACCUAGCAGAGACUCCUUAUUUUCGACCACGUGACUUCCUCUUCCUGUUACGAGAAAACCUCAGAGAGCAGUUUUCCAGUCCCCCGCACAUGCCCACUCACACCUGCCCGCCACACACACACUCACACACCCCGGAAUUGAUUCGAGCCGAGGUGGAGGAGCUGAAGAGCGACUUCAACCGUCGAAUCAAGGAAGUGCUGUUCAACUCGCUGUUCAGUGCUUACUAUGUAGCCUUCCUGCCUCUCUGCUUUGUCAAGAGCACCCAGUACUAUGACAUGCGUUGGUCAUGUGAGCAUCUGAUCAUGGUGUGGAUCAAUGCGUUUGUGAUGCUGAUGAGUCAGCUGCUGCCCCCCAGCUACUGCGACCUGCUUCAUCGCUCGGCGGCUCACUUGGGCCGCUGGCAGAAACUCGAGCACGGCUCGUACAGCAACGCACCUCAGCAUGUGUGGUCAGAAAGCACUGUUUGGCCUCAGGGUGUGUUGGUACGGCACAGUCGAUGUCUCUAUAAGGCAGUCGGGCCCUAUAAUGUCGCUCUGCCCUCUGAUGUUUCCCAUGCAAGGUUUUAUUUCCUGUUUCACAAGCCAUUGCGGAUCCUGAACCUGCUGAUAUGGAUCGAAUCGAGUGUGGUUUUGUACCAGUUAUACUCUCUGCUGCGCUCUGAGCGCUGGAACCACACUUUGUCUCUGGGCCUUAUUCUCUUCUGCAACUAUUAUGUCCUUUUUAAACUGCUCCGAGACCGCAUUGUGCUGGGGAAGGCCUACUCCUACCCUCUGUCCUCCAACAGUUUGGGGCUCAAGUCGCAGUAAAGGCUCUGCACAGCGAGACCUCACCUAUGAACUCUGCAUUUGGAGGGGAGAUGGGUGGAGGUCUGGUAAAGUGGAAGACCAGGGGGAUGUUUAGUGCUCACGCUUGAAGGUUAAGGGACAGACUGUGAACUCAUAAUUGUGUUUUGAUACGGUUCUAUUUUUAAUGCAAUGUUUAUAUAUACCUAUUUAAAAGAAUAUUUUUAUUUUGUAUACUAUUUCGAGUUACGCCGGGCAUUACCACACUGACAACAUUAGCAUGUUGUGUUAUGUUGUUGCUAGGUGACAGGGAAGUCAGGGAAUGCCAGGAGGUGACUUUCACCAAAGAUAUUUUAAGUGCAAAGGUGGCCAAUCACAGAGCGGAUUUGGCCUCUGAUGGUCAGUUAAACCAGAUGAGCGAUUCAGAGCAGUGGAAGGAGUCGUGCCUGAGAUCCUGAAUCCUGAUUGGCAAAUUAUCUGCUUCAGCCUUGAGGCUCCUAAAUCUUAAAUCAGUUGUUGUUUGGGGUAGCAGGUUGAUUUGAUCAUUUCGGCAUUGUUGCAGCAGUUAAUGCUGAUCCUUUAGCACAGCUCUUUAAGGAAUAAUUUGACAUUUUGGAAAAUGCCCUUAUUUGCUUUCAGGCAGAGAAUGAGAAGAUCGACACCACUGCGUAUCGAUGACACUGAUGUCUUUAUUGUAAAUGAGAAACCAGUGCAAGGUUAGCAUAAAAACUGGAAAUGGUGAGGCAGCUAGACUGGCUUUGUCCAGUGGUAACAAAAUCUACCUACCAGCCCCUCAAAAGCUCAUCAGUUAACAUGUUGUAUCUCCUUCAUUUGACCUGAACAAAAGCCGAAGUGUAAAAACAAUUAUUUCCCGGGGUGUUAUGUAAUAAUUCCCCACACAACCCAACAUACAACAACAAACUGUUGUUUUGCACUUCUGUUUUUUUUUUUCUUUUUUCAAAGAUUGAACAAAUGAGAUAUACCGUGUUCCCUGUUUCCAGUCUUCGAAGCAAAACUCACAGACUGCUGGGUGUAGCUUCGUCUUUACCGUACAGACAUGAGGUAUCAAUUUCUCAUCUAACUCCCUGCCAUAAAGAAAGUAAGUGAAUUUCCCAAAAUGUCUUAACUAUUCUUAAAGCCGAGCUUCAGUGUGGAUUUUUACCACAAUAUCAAAUAAAACUUUGACUGACUUGAGAUCAGUCUUUAUGUAAAACACCAUAGGUACUCCUGUCCACUGCCUCUUCAGAGAAUGCUGUAUUCUUCCUCAUUCGCCUUUCUUACCUUUUACUAUCAGUGUCUGCUUGUCUCACAUCACUGGCUAUCUGGAGGAGCAGUUUCAGCACGAGGCUUCAUACACUUUCAUUGCCAGAUUGCCAACAAAUGAGAAGGGAUUGAGAUACUAUAGGCGUGUUUUGGUUCUGGUUCAUUAAAAAGUGUAAAGUUUGAAAGGCUGCUGCUGUAACCACGUCUUUAUGAAAGUCAAAACUCUCACCACACUUUGACAUGCUGAAAUCUUCUUGCCAUGGUAUAGCAAAUGACUCAUUUGUGUUCCUAAAAGCCAUCCAGACACUUUAUUGAAAUUUGGUGCCAGAAUGCUUAAACCAUAAUGGGAGUGAGGACCAUAUCGCAUCACUUUCAUCUCUUUGUGGACUGGAUGCAGAUAACAGAAUGAAUGUGGCUAUUAAUAAAGUUUUCUGUUCUCAGGAUCUAACCUUUUCCCACUGCAAAUACGUUGUUGUCGUCACGCUCUUAUAUGGGUUUUUCAGCAGAGCAUGUAUAACAGUGUGAUUUCAUGAUGACUGCAAAAUCAAAGAGUGAUGACAGCUGGAGGGGAAAGACCGGAUGUGUCAUCUCGUUGCCAGUUCAUCUAUUUUCAGUUACCGGAACGGUGUUACAAACAGGUUGCCUUGUAUGUUGUUGCCUUUCUCUUCAGCCACACUUGGUUCACAUCCUUUUACUCUCAAAUGCUUUCCUCUUUAUGAGCCUUCACUCCUUCACCGGCUUAAAUCUGCUUGCAGUGCGUAACUUCGGGCACUAUUAAGUAUUAGUGUCAGGACCCCCGUUAGCUGGCCCAUAUUUAGAUAGAAAUCAAUACAACUUGAACAGAAAAGCCUUUUUUAUCAGGGGGUAAGGUCUAAGCAGAAAAUCUGAGAAUCAAUAUUUCCUGUGCUGUUGUGAAUUUCAUGUUGACUGUUCCAGUCAAGUUUCAGGUUGAGUGUAAAUGAGGUGGGGGAAGCUGUUUUAGAGUUGAAGCAGUGUGUACAUCUGAUUCACAGAAGCGUGAGGAAGCUUUGAUUGAACUCAGAUGUCAUUCAUGUGCCCACUAUUCUGCUUUGUCUGCAAAAUCAAUCAGCUUUUUGGUGCUUAUAUCUGUUUGUGACCAUUUUCCACUUGAAUGUAGCAAAUUUUGAAACUGGAUGGUGCUGUUGACUUGAAUCGGCAUGUUUUUGUAAUUGGUAGUGAUAGCCUUCAAUUGAGCACCAUCACUGAAUUACCAGUUUUGAAUGGUUGUAGUAUUAUGCCAUCUUAAGCUUGCCCUCAUCUUGCUAAUGCCAAAACGAGAUAUUUCAAGGUUUGCUUUAAAUUCUGCUUCUUCAUCAGUUCUUAACUGAAUGUUAAGUCUUUGCUCAGAUAACACACAUUUUGUCUGCUUUGUUUGGUCUGGUGAAACACAUGAGAUCACAGCUGAAGAAGAGAAUUGAGGAGUGAGAUUUUGAAAGGUAAUACGUUCAUCACGUCCUGACCACAUUGCCCAUAAAGUGUAACUUGAUCGUCCUCUGGCUUACAUGAAAUUUGGAGAUGGAGAUAGAAGUCAAAUUUAUGCUGACAGUGUCGAUCUGCGUUCCCCUUUGCUAUAAAAAUUGUCAAAUUGAGUGGCAGAGUUUGUUUUCUAUGUGCCAUAGCCCAGGAUUCAGACUCCUGGAUGAACAUGUAGGUGCUGGAGAAGUCAUAGGAGCUGGUCCUCAUAUUUCGGCUUUUUACAGUGUUCAUUUUCCCUACAGCAUUUCUGAAAAUGCUUUUUGACAUCUGAAAUAAAACAAAUGGUGU